AUGGACGAUCAGUUUUUGUUUCCGGACGAAAGCGAUCCAUUGAACACUGGCAGCGGCCAGAUGUUUGGCCAAGGAGUUUCGAAUGGCGAUGAGUACCUUUCGUUCUUAGAUGGUAACCAAUUACAGGAUAAAAAUGGCGUUUCGGGAGUUGCAGGAGUUCCAGAUCAAACUUUUAUCGGACCAGGCAUGGAUGCUGGCAAUAUGCGUUCAGAGUCCGCUUCUGGCUUAGAAGAAGCUAAUACCGGAGUAACUCCGCAAGCCAUUUUAGCAAGAAAUUCAUUUUCGAACAUUGACUCACCGCCUAUGAAGAAUGGUGCUGCUUCUAUUUCACCACAGUCUAUGUUUUCUCCUGCUGGUAGAGCAGCUUCAUUGAAUGGUGGUAAUGCAGGCCUCGCGCAGUCGCCUGGUACCACAUCUCUACAGCAAAUGUUAUCUCAACGCGGUACUCCACAUAAUAUAGCCGGGGGAUCACCACAACUUGUCGAGGAACAAUUGGCACAAAGCAACAGGCAGAACUCGCAAUAUAUGGACAGGGCCGCAAUAAUUGCCGCCCAUCAACAAAGACAGCAGCAGCAGCAACAACAACAGCAACAACAGCAGCAACAACAGCAAAGACUUCAAAUGUUACAGCAACAACAGGCCUAUAAUCAGUUACAACAACAAAAAUUGAGACAGCAGCAGGCUCAAGCUCAGGCAGAAGCUCAGGCUCGUGCUCAGGCUCAGGCUCAGGCCCGUGCACAGGCAGAAGCACAAGCCCGUGUUCAAGCUCAAGCUCAGGCAGAAGCACAGGCCCGCGCCCAAGCACAAGCACAAGCUCAGGCCCGUGCUCAAGCUCAAGCAGAAGCCCAGGCCCGUGCUCAAGCUCAAGCCCGUGCUCAGGCAGAGGCUCAAGCGCGUGCUCAAGCACAGGCACAGGCUCAGGCAGAAGCACAGGCUCGUGCCCAAGCUCAAAUGAGAAUGCAACAACAAUCGCCUCAAGCAUCUAAUCAGCCACCAAUCCAAAAUCAAAACAAUAACCAGAAAAACGUACUACAGAACCUUGAUCCUGCCAUACAACGGAAAGUUGGCCAAGAACUAAAUACCAAGCAGUUUGAGCUCUUCCGGAAGUCUUUCAUGGAGCACUGCAGAAGGAAAAACUUGUCUGCUGAUAUCGCCCAUAUGAUUAAUGGUGUCCAAGUUAAUCUCUUUAUUUUAUACAUGUAUGUUCAAAAACUUAACGGUGGAGAGAAUGUUACCAAAGCCCAACAGUGGGGAAUGCUAGCACAAAGAAUGAAUAUUCCUGGUCCCAAUGGAGGUGAAGAGUUGGCCAAAACCUAUUACAGGUUCCUACUACCUUACGAAAAGUAUCUAAUGACACCCGAAGGUAUCAAAGAGACUCAAACAAACCGGAUCAUGCUACAGCAAUUGUUGCAAGAUAUAAUACGAAAUAUCAGAUCAAGCUCUGAGCAGUUUCAGCCCCCAAAUCAAAAUCAAACUUUUAUUCAGGGCCAGAAUGUGAUACAACCUCAUAUGCAAAUGCAAAUGAAACAACAGCAAGUUCCAAAGGCUCAAACAAAGAAUAAACCGGUUAUUCCUAAACAACCAAAGCCAAAAGCUCCAAGAAAACCAAGAGUGAAAAAGAAGACUAAGAAGGAAUUGGAGCAAGAGAGAAAGCAAAUGGAGGCAUUGCAGAGACAACAACAACUUGAAGCAGAACAACAAAUGCAACAGCAAAAACUCCGCUUCGAAAAACAACUAAAACAACAACAGGAAUUAAUAUUAAAACGCCGUAAAGAACAAAUCAAACAACUUCCGAAAGUUUACAAAAGAACAAUGGCCAGACAUUACACGCCAUCACAAAGGCCAAUUACUACCCAGAAUGGAUACGAUAUAUCAAAGAUAUCCGAACUGGGAGAAAUGAUUCAUAACUUUAAACCAAUUUUUUUGUUUGCUCCUGAAUUUGGUGUCGUGAAUGUAAACGCAUUAGCAAUGCAAUUACAAAGCGCAAAUAACUCGGAGGUAAAUACAGCUUUGAAUUCUCUUCUAGUUAUCAGUUCGGAUAAUACUCUUUCUAUUCCCAUCAAUAGGUGUAGAGAGCUACUUGAUAAUCUCUGUAUAUUGGCAUGUCAGCUACUGAAUAAGCUUCUCAAAAAGGAUUAUUCUAGGAUUUCCAGCUCGUAUGCAAACUAUGGUGAAAGUAAUUCACUUUUAACACCACCCACUCACCCCUUUGAUGCCGACUCUCGUAUAAAUCAAAUCUUCAAUGAGAAUGUUAAGAACUUCUCUCAGGAGAGUUCUGAGGAAACAGUUACUGUUGAUUCUUUAACUGGUAUUGACUACUCCCAACUACCAAUUACACCAGCAGAUCCAAGUAUUGAACUGGAUUCAAAGUUGUCUAACUAUUCCAUUCCAGAAAGGGUGGAGAAAGACAUUGAUAACGAUGAAAAUUAUACUGAUUAUCUUCCCGAUUUAUUGAGAGAAGAGAAGCUAACUGACAUAUCGAAAAUCAACCUUGUUUCCUACACAGAAUCUUUAAUAAGGGUUAGAGACGAAGUUUCCACUAUAUUCAGCAAAUGUCACGAAUCAGGUGCUGAGAAUCCACAUUUGUUAAUUGUUGAUCAAUUAAGCUCUAUUUCUAUGAUCAUAAGAAACCUCUCUUUUAAUGAACAAAACUCUGAGGUUUUGGCAAAUAAUCCAUAUAUGGAAAAAUAUAUUUCUGAUAUGCUAUGGAUGAUCUUUAUACAUAAGGAUGAGUUUAUUUUCGAAAGACGGGUCCUCAAUUUCAAGAAGGAUAUUAUAUUUGUUCUUACAAACAUUGCUCACAUGCUGAAGAUAGAAUCAACUGUAACAUGCUUUUUCAUUAUUCUUUUAGCAUUCAGUUUUGCCGAUCCAAAGGACCACUUAGAAAAUAACAGUGUGUUCACAUAUCCUGAAUAUGCAAUUGAUGUUGAAAAGUAUCAAACAUAUGGCGUAGACGUUUUGGCUAAAGCAUUUUCGUUAGGUUACCCAAACAGAUCACACUUCAGAUCGGUUUUAACUGGGGUAUUCACAGAAGAAAAUGACGAUGAUGAUAUAUGUCAACACUUACUUCAGCUAUAUAAUGGUGAGGAAAAAUUCAAAAUUUUCAAUGACACUUUUUCAUUUAUUAUGUCAACAAUUCCAUUCCAGCAGAUUAAUCGACUACCUAAUCUCAUAGAGAGUUCUCUGCCAUCAAUUUCACAAGCAUUGACAGUAGCAGUAGCUAUCGUUAAAUUUAUUGACAAAAAAGACGAUCAUUGUAACUUUGUGGACUACAAUCUCCCAUGCAAGUGGUUAACAUCUACGGAAAAUAUAGGUACUAAUCUUCGUAGAAUUAGUGAGGUUCUUGCAAAUAUUGCUACCCAGAAUAGCAAUCUACGGGAGAUAAAAGACAUCUUGAGCUUAAUAAGUGGUUCUGCGAUUCAGCUUCUCAGAAUGUUGCUUGAAAAAAGUUUGGAAAUCGCAUCUCUAUCGGAUGACUCUAAUUGUGAAAGAAAGAGAACAAUCGAGGAGCUUUCCAAAGUUCCUAAUUUGCUUGCCAAUGAUAAUGCAGCCAUAACUAUCAUAAUGAAUCCAAGUACAAAUGUCUUUAUGUCUUCAGAAAUGAAGUCGUUCUACCAUGUUUGUAAAAAUAUAUAUUCUGAACUUGCAUCAUAA